UGAUCUUUUAGAAAUCCGACGGCUCCUGAUCACUCUACAAUGCCCCAUAUAUCCUCAGUAAAAUAGCCCAAUCUCAACCUUUUAAAAAGUUCACAUAGAUUUGACGUGCUCAGCAGGACACGUGUCGAAAUCCCAGUUCAGACCACCCUUUAAACUGGAUAGAUAACAUUACCAGGUCAACAAAUAUGCAAACUCACUUUAUUAACCACCCAAACCAAACCAACCAACCCAACCAAAAACUCUUAAAUCACCCAAAUUCCAGAAAAACCAUCACAAUGGCCUAAAUGUUAGAAGCCGCAGAAUGCACCGGUUUCCAGAGCCGGCCGGAGCCAAACGAAAUCACACCAAGGGUGCUAACCAUUCUGUCUUCUGUUCUAGAAAGGGUAGUGGCUCGAAACGACCGGCUUGUUAUGGAGGGGUUGAACGGAAAAAGCUUGAAAGCUUUCCAUGGAGUGAGAGCUCCAAGCAUAAGCAUAGCCAAGUACUUGGAGAGAUUAUACAAGUACUCGAGUUGCAGCCCAUCAUGCUUUGUAGUGGGAUACGUUUAUAUAGAUAGACUACUGCACAAGUACCCUGACUCACUUGUGGUAUCAAUAAAUGUUCAUAGAUUACUUGUCACAACCAUUAUGGUUGCCUCUAAGAUGCUUGAUGAUGUGCACUACAACAAUGCAUUUUAUGCCAGGGUUGGUGGAGUUAGCAAUGCUGAAUUGAACAAAUUGGAAGUAGAGUUGCUGUUUUUGCUGGACUUUGGAGUUGUGGUUAGCUCUGGGGUUUUUGAGAUAUAUUGUGCUCAUUUGGAGAAGGAGAUGUUGAUGAGUAAUGACUACUCUUGUCAGAAGAUUGAGAGAGUGUUGGCUGUGGAUGAUAUCACUGAAAUAUCUGUUGAAGAUAAUACACACACUUCUUCACCAACUCAAAUGGGUGACUGACUCAUUUCAUUGUUCAGUUCUAGUAGUGUUCUUAAACAAUGUCAUCUUUUUGUUUUUUCUCCUAAAAUUCAUUGGAUUUAAUGGAAUAUAAUACACCAACUUGAGACCACUGUAAAAA